AUGUCGGCCGUUCAAACUUCCCCAAAGAGUAUCCAAAUCAUUAACAAAGAUAACAGUUUGCCUCCUCUAUUGUUGCCAAGUUUGUCUCUUUCUCUAUCCAAUCUCUCAAACUCAAUUGCCUCUCCACCGAAACCUCCAGCCAGCCUUCCUUCCACUCCACCAACAAACACCACCGUACCUUCUUCUUCCAAUACCCCUUUGCCUACAAUAGUCAAUCCUGAAAUGUCGGAUUAUUGUUACAAGGUCAAUUCUGCUAAUCUGUUAGCACAAUUGCCCACGCCUAUUCCAACACCGCCAAUUAAUCAUUACAAUUAUCCAAGACAAGUUCAAUCUUACAAUACUUCUCCAAGAUUGGUCUCGAAAUCUUAUAGAAAAAAUUCUUUGCCCACCAAUGCAUCUGCUACCAAUUCGGCAACCUCUCACACCCUUUCCAAAAGACAAAGAAUAGGUCCUUCUUGUGAUAAUUGUAGAUUAAAGAAAACUAAAUGUAAUGCUAAAGUGGAGCUCAUUCUAUUAGACUCGAAUUUGUUGAUCAAAAACUCGAAUUUGAAUUUGAUUUUAAAUUCAAGUAUCAAUUUGCACUAUACUUUAUCGCCACAAGAUUUGAAAAACUUGAAAGAUUUUGUCAUCUAUUCCAAUGACUUGAAUUAUUUGUCAAUCUUGAACAAAAUCUCCAAUUUGGAUACCGAUACUCAAGUGAUAAAGCAUUUGGAUAAAUUGCUGAUUUUCACCCCCUGCAGUAAUUGCUGUAAGAAAAAUAACCACAAUUGUUUAUUCUCCAAGGGGUUCACAAGAGCUGAUAUCAAUACUUUUAACAAGUUGUUGAACUUACCUGAAAACAAAGGCAAAUCAAUCUACGAUUUGAAUUUGAACGAUUACCAACAUAGCCACUACUAA